AUGGACCCUGACACUGCCCAGGCCUUCCAGAAGGAAUUGAGAUGUGCCAUCUGUAUAAAUACUUUUAUAGAGCCAGUCACCUUAGAGUGCGGGCACAGUUUUUGUCGACCUUGUCUCUGCCUCAGCUGGGAAGAGACCCAGAUUCCAGCCAGGUGCCCUGUGUGCAGGGGACCCUGCCAGCAGAGAGACCUCAAAACCAACGUGGUUCUGAGGAGCCUGGUGGCCAUUGCCAGAAGAGCCAGCCUCAGGCAUUUUCUGAGCUCUGAGGAAUACAUGUGUGGGACACACAGGGAGACAAAGCAGAUGUUCUGUGAGGUAGACAGGGCCCUGCUCUGUAGGAGCUGCUCCCAGUCUCAGGAGCACAGGGCUCACAAACACCAUCCCAUAGAUAGGGCUGCUGAGGAGCAGAGGGAGAUGAUUUCAAAGCAGAUGCAUGCUGUAUGGGAAAAGACUCAAGAAAACCAGCACAAUUUACAGGAGAAUAGGAGACUCAUCAACCGAUGGAUUUGGUAUGUGAAGCUAUCCCGAGGCAUAACUAAGGAUGUUUUUAGAAAUAUGUAUCAGGAGCUGAUCAAAACAUACCAGAAGCCAGAUGUGGAACUGCUUCAGGAUGUAGAGUUGAUCCUAGAAAGCUGUGAGUCAGUCUUGUUCUUCCUGCCUCUUCCUCUGAGGCCAGAGCUCAGUGGCCCUCCCAUUCCUGGACUGAUAGAGAGGCUCACCCAGCACCGGGUGGAGAUUGCCUUCAAUGACGCUACAGAGAAUCAAGAUCUUGGGAGUUGUGUUGGACACGACAAUCCCUAUGCAGUUUUGAAUUCUGAAGAGUCCUUCCACUUUACUGCUUUUGGACACCAAGUCUUCAGCUCUGGGAAACAUUACUGGGAGGUUAGUGUGGAUGACUCUUCCACCUGGGCCCUGGGAGUUAUUAGGGAUUCCUCCAUAGGGAGCAACCUCACUGAAUCUCAGGAUCUUUUCCUCCUUUUGUUUGUGAAAGAGAAUACACUUUCCACCAUUUUUACCACAUCCCCACUGCUGCCUCACUAUGUAGAGAAGCCUCUGGGCCGGGUUGGUGUGUUUCUUAAUCUUGACGAUGGCAAUGUGAGUUUUUGGAAUGUGGCUAAGAGUUCCCUUAUCUGGAGAUACCCCACUGGUGCUGUCCAAUUUCCUGUCAGGCCCCAUUUUUUCAGUGGUAGCCUGGUGUCCUAA